UGAUCUGUUCGCACCACGGUGCACAAGUGCCAGAUAACAUGUCAGGUUCACGUGCACAUAGCAAACAUGGAGGUUCAGAGGUUCACAUCCUACAGUUGAUGGUCAUCUCAGGUGUUGGGAUCUGUGGUCUCACUGGGUGAUAGUUGAGUGUGAAGUGAUGGUGACACACUGACCGGUCAUUUCAAUGGUACUUCACUACUUCAAACACUGACCAACCUGCCUCCUGAUUGGUCCUUUUAGUGUGGACACGAUCCAAUUGGUCAAUCAGUAACUGGGCAGGACAGAGGGGGGGCUGUGAUUCACUCGAGAUUAAAACACAUUUCACAGAUAAAUACAAUUUCAAUAAAAGAAAUAAUUUGAUAAUUCAGAAAAUGACAAAAUAAAGGAUUUCAAUACAUUUUGAUCAUUUUCAAUGUUAAUAUUGAAACGAGGAGGAGAUAAGGAGGAAGGGGGAGUGUCCUCAGUAUAAAUACCUCCCUCCUCCUCCUCCUCUGUCCCUUCUUCUCUCGUGUCAGUGAACACAUCAGCUCUUUCUUCUUCUGGAUUAAAUCUUCUCAACUGGUCCGAAUGUGUCUGCGGCCAUCUCUCUCUCUCUCUCCGGCGGAGGUCUCUCGCUCAUGGUAAGCUCCUUGUCCCGCUGCCACGCCGGCAGACAUGAGUGCGACCUGCUGCGUCAGGUGAGGCGUGCCAGAGACGGAGGAGGAAGAGGAGGAAGAGGAGGAAGAGGAGGAAGGGGGGUGAGGACGAGAGCGACCGCACGGUUCAGGUGGGCGAGGAGGUAGGGGGAGGUUUUUUAUAGAUGUGUAGAAAAGUGUAUCUCUUACAGUGUAAAACAGUGUAUUCAAAGAAAUAGGUAAAAAAUUAAUAAUUUUAGAGUUUAAAUGAACUGUCUGAGGGCGAGAGACACUGACACACGACAGAGAGAGAGAGAUAGAACUUAAGCUGCUUUAAGACACGAACUUAACUCUGCAGUUCCUCUGUAUUUGCUCUGGAGGAUCAUGUGUGAGCUCCUGUAUGAAGUAUGAAUCCAGGAGAAGUGUGAACGCAGCAGAGGAUCCUCCACUGGAUUCUGUGCUCCAGGUCCCUCGUUUGGAUCUCCGUCAUCGUCUGAGCGCGCUCCGUGGCGGCGUGUGUCAACCCGCCCCGUGGCGCCGUCGGCCACUUGCCUUCCUCUGCUAUGUCUUGUCCAUCAGUGCCCUGCGGCCGCUGUCCAAACGGGUGGCGUUGUACCGCUCCUUCCCGACUCGCCUCAUCUCUCGGGCCUGGGGUCAUCUGAACGGCGUGAAGCUUCCCAACUGGCUCCGUAAACCCGUGUACUCGCUCUACAUCUGGACGUUUGGGGUCGACAUGAAGGAGGCGGCAGUGGAGGAUUUACAUCAAUACAGGAAUCUGGGGGAAUUUUUCCGUCGACGUCUCAAACCUGCUGUGAGGCCGCUCUGCGCCUCCUCCUGCCUGAUCUCUCCAGCAGACGGGCGGGUCCUGCACUUUGGUCAGGUGAAGAACUCGGAGGUGGAGCAGGUGAAGGGCGUCACCUACAGUCUGGAGAAGUUCCUGGGUCCACAGGAGGGGCGAGGCCAAGAGUCCUCCCGGUCCUUCAGGGAACGCCUCCUGACGUCACCUGAUAACGACCUGUUCCACGUGGUGGUUUACCUGGCGCCAGGUGAUUAUCACUGCUUCCAUUCGCCCACAGACUGGAAGGUGGAGCUUCGACGACACUUCCCAGGCUCGUUAAUGUCGGUUAACCCUGGUGUGGCUCGUUUGGUCAAAGAUCUCUUCUGUCUUAACGAGCGUGUGGCGCUCACCGGCCAAUGGCAGCACGGCUUCUUCUCGUUAACGGCGGUCGGGGCCACAAACGUAGGAUCCAUCCGGGUUUACUUCGACCAGGAGCUGAAGACCAACACCCCCCGCUACAGUAAAGGCUCCUUCCACGACCACAGUUAUGUUGCCAAUGGCAACAGUGUGUUGACAGCGGUGUGUGAGGGGGUGGUCCCUGUGGAUGGGGGCGUGGCCUUGCAGAGGGGGGAGGCUAUCGGGGAGUUUAACCUCGGGUCCACCAUCGUUCUGUUGUUCGAGGCGCCCAAGGACUUUAAAUUUAACCUGCAGCCGGGACAGCGAAUCAGAGUGGGGGAGGGACUCGGCAGCUUCUGAUUUGCUGACGCGUGGGAGGUGCCUGAUGACAUUUUAAGGCAUUGUGGGUAUUUUUCUUUGUAAGAAAAGACAUGAAGAGGAAAUGUUUGUUUGCCUCAUGAUAGGAAGAUGCCAAACCUCUCUCUCUCCCCUCUCCCCCCCCCUCUCUCUCUCUCUCUCUCUCUCUUCCCCCCCCCCUCCC